GGUAUAUUUCAAGGGUGAAGCAACGGUCACCCUAAUCAACAAAAUCUACUCCGACACGUCAGAAUAUUAGGUUUUUGUUUAAUUAUUUGCACAGCUGCUUCGUCAGAUUUUCAUUGAACAAAACUUGAAAGCACGCGCCAGUGUUCAUUACUAGCAGCCAUGGCGCGAAACGUGGCCCUGCUGGGCCUGGCUCUGAUUGCAUCGCUCUGUUUAGUCGCAGCCUUGCCCGUGACGCAAAACAAGAAGGCCGAGAAGGACGCUAAGGCGGAGGCGGAGUCCAGCACCCCGGCCACUGCCGACGUGGAGACAGCCUUGGAGUACGAGCGUUACCUACGGGAGGUUGUUGAGGCUCUGGAGGCCGAUCCCGAGUUCCGUAAAAAGCUGGACAAGGCGCCUGAGGCGGACAUCCGGAGUGGAAAAAUAGCCCAGGAGUUGGACUACGUGAAUCACCACGUUCGCACCAAGCUGGAUGAGAUAAAACGUCGCGAAUUGGAGCGUUUGCGUGAGCUGGCUAAUCAGGCCUAUGAUCUAGCCAAUGACAUAGAUCGUAAGCAUCUGAAGGUGCCACAGCAUCUGGAUCACGGCAACGAGCACACAUUCGAAAUUGAGGAUCUGCGUAAGUUGAUCCAGAAGACGUCUGACGACCUGGCCGAGGCUGAUCGUAAGCGACGCGGUGAGUUCAAGGAGUACGAAAUGCAGAAGGAAUUCGAGCGUGAGGCGCAGAAGAAGGAGAUGGAUGAGGAGUCACGCAAGAAGUUCGAGAAUGAGAUCAAAGAGAAGGAAAAGAAGCACAAGGACCACGAAAAGCUGCACCACCCGGGCAAUAAGGCUCAACUGGAGGAGGUGUGGGAGAAGCAAGAUCAUAUGGAUAAGAAUGACUUUGAGCCCAAGACCUUUUUCUCCAUUCACGACGUCGACAGCAAUGGUUAUUGGGACGAGGCGGAGGUCAAGGCAUUGUUCGUCAAAGAGCUGGACAAGGUCUACCAGAGUGAUUUGCCCGAGGACGACAUGAGGGAGAGGGCAGAGGAGAUGGAGCGCAUGCGUGAGCACUACUUCCAGGAGACCGAUACCAACCACGAUGGGCUGAUUAGUAUUGAGGAGUUCAUGAUGCAGACCAGCAAGGAGGAGUUCCAGAAGGAUCCCGAGUGGGAGACAAUCGAUCAGCAGCAGCAGUACACGCACGAGGAGUACUUGGAGUACGAGCGCCGGCGCCAGGAGGAAGUCCAGCGUCUGAUUGCUCAGGGCCAGUUGCCGCCGCAUCCCAACAUGCCGCAGGGUUACUAUGCUGCACCGCAUCCUGGCGGCGUCGCCUACCAACAGCCACCGCCGCAUCCUGGCGCUCAGCAGCCUCAUUACCAACAACCCGGCCAGGUGCACGCACAGCAGCAGCAGCAGUACGUCCAGCAGCAGCAACAGUACGCACAGCAGUACCAACAGCAGCAAUAUGGAAACGGGCAGCCAGUGCAGCUACAUCCUAAUCAGGUGUACCAGCAUGCCGGAGCGAUUCCGCAGCAACAGCAGCCUGUCUAUCAGCAACAGCAGCCUGUCUAUCAGCAACAACAGCCUGUUUAUCAGCAACAGCAGCCGGUGGAGCAGCAACAACAGCCGGUGCAGCAGCAACAGCAACAGCAACCUGUGCAGCAGCAACAACAGCCUGUGCAACAGCAGCAACCUGUGCAGCAGCAACAGCAGCCAGUGCAGCAGCAACAGCAGCCGGUGCAGCAGCAGCAGCAACCUGUGCAGCAGCAACAGCAGCCUGUGCAGCAGCAAAUCAACAAUCAAAGCCCUCCGCCUGCUCAAAAUCAACAGGUGCCAAUACAACAGCAGCAACAGACACAACAGCAACAGCCACAGAAGUAACAGCUUUAAGCAUUCCCUUGCUGCAGCAAAGCCACGUAAGCGAAGCAUUUCAAAAUAAUCUGGUAUCGAGAACACAAUGUGAUUGGACUGAACUAGCAAACUUUAAUCGAUAUAUAUAUAAAUAUUUCCCAAUAUGAUUAUGUAGUAAAUUUAACAAUCAACUGAUUGUCGCCAAGUUCUCACAA